AUGGCAGAAAUCGCAUCAUCUUCGUCUGUUUCGUUGCCUCUCUCGGUCGUUGACCGUCUUCCUCCCGAACUCUGGAUCGGAAUCUUUUCCCUCGCCGUCAGCAUCCCCGGCGAACUCAACACGGCCGCCUCGACCAUCUUUGACCGUCCAGGAAACCCAGAAGUCGCCCUUUUACGCACCCAGCUCGUUCCAACAUCCCUCGCGAUCCUCUCCACCUCCAAGCUCUUUUACACUCUCUCCGUCUCACUCCUCUACCGUGCUAUUCUGCUUAAAUCAUCAAAGAGUGUUCAUCUUUUGCUCCGUACGCUCAACGCAUCCAAUGCUCUCGCGCAACGAGGCGGCCGCGUGCCUACUCAGCACCAAGACGACCCCGCCGUCGCGGUGACAGCUGAGCUUGGACAAAGGACAAAAAGGUUGGAUGUACGCGUCAAAUCUGGUGAUGCAUGGAAGGAACACGGCGCUCUUAUUGUCAAAUUAUUCCCCCUGCUCCCAAACCUCACUCACCUCGUCGGCUGCGGUAACUGGAAAGAACUCGAGCCAACCCUCUUCAUCCAACCUCUCACUCAACUCCGCCAUCUCCAGCUCCUUUUCGUCCCCAUCUUCGUACCCGACUCGAAAUAUCUCACUCUCUGCCGCCAAAUCGUCGAGGCACUCCCGUCCCUCUCCGUCAUCGUCUUUAGUCUCAACAGAAAUCACAAACUGUACCCUCUUCUCCCAGCGCCCUAUACAAAUCUGCGCAUCCUAGGCAGCGCCGACGGUGGACUCUACCACGACCCAUGUCAACCUGCCAAACAACUCCCAAAUCUGCGCGCACUCCAUUUGUGCCACCCAAACAGGCUCGACUUUGAUCCAAGCUUUAUGAGCGCACAUGGCGCCAAAAUUACGACAAUCGAUAUGGAAGAAUGCCCACUCAAGGAACUCAUCACCUGCGCACCUUGGUUCCCCAACCUGACCCAACUCAUCAUCGACAUUUCCUUCAACACCAUUGACGCCAUUCGCGAAGUGGUCAACCAUCAGUCCAAGAUUCGUUCCGUCCGCCGAGUGGGGCUUACCGUACUCCGACGGCAAUUCCCCAUACGAUUAUACAAAGACGCCUAUGCGACGUUUCUGUCCCUUUUCCCAAACCUCGAGGGGAUCCGGUUCAUGGAACGACGCGUCGUCGAUCUGUUGAUGACGCAGAGUGUGCAAAAGGUCCGGAUGUGGCACCAGGAUUUACUCACCAAGCGCGUCCAUCUCGAGAGGGAAGAUGGGGUUUGUAUUCUUCGAGGGUUCGACUCGCCUUGUGAUACGCGCGUCAGUCUCUUUGCCGUACUCUUUGCCUCGGCCACUCUCUUGGUGUCCGGCCUGUCCUCUCUCCAGGUGCGCUCAGACCCAACAAGUGUGUCCGUGUACCUUACUCAGACCUUCAUUUCACUCAGUCAUCGCAUCACGUACGUUCAGUCCCCCCAGACGGCUCCAGACUCGAUGAAUGCUACUCUCUCUCAGCUCGCGGCACACCACGGGAUGCACAAACGUCUCCAAGGCCAUGCAGACUACGAUCUAGCCCGGGCUGAGAUCAACAUGAACCAGGCAGAGAGAACUAUGCAAACCAAAUAA